AUGGCUUUACAAACACUGAAGUGGUCUCUGGUUACAGUCUUCCUGCUGGUCCUUUUCGAUUCGAGCCACAACACCAAAGUCAACCUGAAGGCGAUGCUAGAAGACUGUCUGAAUGACACGGACUAUGAUAAUCUGUCCAGCAUUAUGGAGAACGGCCUUGACAAAACAGAGAAAAGCUACAGUGUGGCCAUCGUUGGAGCCGGCAUGGCGGGACUGACUGCCGCCAAACUUCUGGGGGAUGCAGGUUACAAGGUCACGAUUCUAGAAGCCAGUGAGCGAGUCGGAGGACGGGUUCACACCCACAGGAAUGAAACUGAGCACUGGUAUGUGGAGCUGGGGGCCAUGAGGAUCCCAAGUACUCACAGGAUUCUUCUCUCACUUGUGAACAAUCUGAAUAUCCCAACCAACAAAUUCAAUAUGACGGAUCCCAAUACCUUCUACUUUGUGAACGGGAAGAAGAUUAACUCCUCAGAGAAGGAUGUAUGCAAACUGGGAUACAGACUCCCAUCAAAUAUGUGCAAACUAUCCCCCGAAGACAUACUAAAAGAUUCACUGAAAACAGUCAGAGACUUUGUUGAAAAACAGGGAUGCAAGGAAGCACUGAAGAUGUUUGACCGCUACACUGUGAAGGACUAUUUUAUCCACGAAGCACACCUGGACGAUGAGACCAUCAGAAUGCUGGGAGAUCUGUUGAAUGAAGACGCCCUCAUGUCACUGGCUCUGUCAGAGAUGAUUUAUCUAGAGAACGAUGUCAGUGACGAUGUAACGUAUGUAGAAGUGACUGGCGGGACAGAUCUCAUUCCCACUGCCUUAUAUGGAACACUGAAAGAGACGAAGGUCGUCUUAAAUGCAACUGUCAAAGAAAUCCAUCACUCAUCAGACGGGGUCACCUUGAAGUAUCAAGUGAACCAAGACGACUCACUGAAGUCUCUUAAGGCUGACGCGGUCCUGGUAACCACCACUGCCAAGGCAGCCCUUCUGAUGGACUUUCACCCUCCUCUCUCCACCAAUAAGAUUGAGGCCAUGAGGUCAGUCCAGUAUGGAGGCUCCACCAAAGUGGUCUUGACCUUCAGUGAGAAGUUCUGGGAGAAAGAAGGAAUCUAUGGAGGAAAGAGCAUCACAGACCGAGCCUCUCGUUUCAUCUACUACCCAAGCCACAGCUUCCCUGGCAACGACAAAAUCGGCGUUCUCCUGGCCUCCUACACCUGGGCCGAGGACUCCCAGUUCCUGGUGGGUUUGACUGACAAUCAGCUAAAAGAACUUCUAAUGAAAGACUUGGUGGAGAUCCAUGGCGAUUACGUCCGGUCUCUCUGCACGGGGAUGGUGGUAAAGAAGUGGAGCCUGGAUCCUUACAGCUUGGGUGCAUUUGCUUUGUUUGGACCCUACCAGCACCUCCAGUACUCCAAAGAGCUGUUCAGGAGCGAGGGCCGAGUCCACUUCGCUGGGGAACACACAGCGUUCCCUCAUGCUUGGAUUGAAACAGCCAUGAAGUCUGCAAUCAGGGCAUCUAACAACAUUGCUAUUGAGGCACAGUCGGUGCUCAACAUGAGAGAUGAACUUUAAGGCUUUUGGCCGGUUUUAGAACCAAAAUCUCCAGUUUACUUAUCGUUUACUUCAACAUUUCUAUCUUAACAAAUGCUUUAAUAUUUUUUCCUCUAAAUGGUCAUGUGAGAAGUUUUUGCUAACUUGACUUUAGUUUUAGAUCAGCUUUUAUUUUGUGGAAACUUCAAAUCCAGUUUCAUAAUGAAUUAUGUAAACAGCCUGUUUGUUCUACUUCGGAAUGUCUUGU